UUCUCUCCCAAUUUCAACACUUCAUCAUCUCAAGUUCACUAAUUUCCCCUUCCUUCAAGGUCUGUAUUUUCCCUUUCUCUCCCAAUUCCAACACUUCUUCAUCAUCUCAAGUUCACUAAUUUCCCCUUCCUUCAAGGUCAGCUUCCCUUCUCUACCCUUCAAAUCGCUAGCAACACCACCCCACUUCCUUUCCCGUCCGGCAAUGAAGAAGCCUCCCGUUUCGCCUGAUCUGCCACCACCAAACCUAAGGGCCACGGCCGAUGAAACUACAAGAUGCAAUACUGCCAACCGUCCUCGCAAACUCAUCAUCAAGUGCGGAGACAGGAGGAUCGGCUGCACUACUAAUAAGGAUGCCAUCACAGCUACAAACACUACCGGCCAUGAUCCCGGCACAGAGCUGCCGCAGUUGCCGCUGGAACCAACUGUGAAUCCGAAGAGGAGAAAGAAGAAUAAUGCAGAGCCAAAGGGAUACCAGAGUCACACUCCAUGGAUACCACCUUCUCUGCCACCGACAUUAUUGCAUGAUCUCGCCGUGACGAGAGAGGAGCUCAUGCAUGAUUUCAAGAUUUCAUCCGACAAAAUCAGACAAGGAAAUUUCAGCAGGGAAGAUAAUCACAAACCGCUUGAACCAACACCACCAAUGGUGACAGCGGCGGUUGCGGAACGCAGUCCAAAUGGAUUGAAGAUCAAUGAGAGCAUAUGUGACGGCACUGCAGAAACCGUUUGGAAAGGUAGAACAAGAAGCAGGAGUUGCAACAAAAAAGAGAGACCGCCAUUUAGGUUCGCGCUGACGGAAUCGGAGAUUGAGGAAGAUUUCAUGAAGAUGACAAUGGGCGAAAACUGGUCACCGCGGAAGCAGAAAAAGCAGCCCAGAAAUCUGCAGAAACAGUUGGAUGAUCUUGUUCCUGGUUUUCGUUUAACAGAAGUUAAAGCAAAUUUAUACAAGGUUUCUAAAUUUUAAUGGACAAGCGGAGGAAUAAGAAUUCAACUAUGAAGACUAUUGUAGUAUUGUAUGCAAGAGUUUUAAUGAUGUGAAUGGGGGUUAUCUUUUGUUGUUUUUCAAAUAAUGUUAAUUAUAAUUGAUGUAUUA